AUGGCCCUCUUUCUUACUUCUAUCUGUGUGAUAGUUGGAUGUCUUUCUGUUUCUUUAGCAGGAGCAGCCAAUCUCUCAGAUCUCUAUCCUCCUCUAUGGGAGGAGAGUCCGGAGAACUUCCGUGCCUAUUUUCAACAAGAUGGCCAGCAUAUUAUUGAUGCCUGGAAUUACCCCCAGAGAAUGGGGAUGUAUAGAAUCCUAUUGAAAGAGACAGCCAAGUAUUUUGAAAGAUUUGCACCAGACAAUGAACAAAACCUUCUGUGGGGAUUACCUCUACAGCAUGGCUGGCAAUAUUCUUCAGGCAGAUUAGCUGAUCCCACCCAUGCAACAGACUGUGGCUCUGCAUCAGGAGAUAAGUCAUGCAUCUCUGUUGAUAGUUGGUGGGCAGAUUUUGUGCAUUUGCAAAUACCUUCUACUAGUUUUGGUGAUCUUUUGAAGUAUCUGUGGGCUGCGCAUACCUCAACCUUGGAGCACGUUUCCCCACUCUUUGAUAAAAG